AUGUUGCAGCUCAAGUUGAAGCAGGCGUCACGCAAGAAACGCCUCACAGAUGUCUGGUCACAGCCCCAGCAAGGAUCUUCAACGCCAUGGAAGCAGCAAAGAAUCGCACCCAGGAACUGGAAUCUAACGCAGCACCUGUACAAAUUGAACGCUGAGCAGCUGCAUCAGGAGCUGUGGCUGCUGUUGCUCAUCUGCGUGCUGGCUGGCAGUGCGCCCCUCGCUGUAUUUCCACGCUGCUCGAGCCGCGUCCAUGCUGCAGUGCAGCAUGUCUGGCUGUUGGCCCUGUACAUUUGGCUUUGCUGCGCCGCCUACUUGGAACUGGCGGAUGGGUCACAGGAUCGUAACAAUCUGGAGCGUAACUUUUACAUAUUCGAGUCUGUAACCUAUCUCAUACACAUACCCUGCAUUAUGAUCCUGAGCAUGCGCUGGAAGCGACGCAUUGCCGGGGUAUUCCAAGCAAUUGGAGAGUUCGAUUUGGCCUGUGGUUAUAUUGUUGAUCGUCGGCGCAUCCGGCGCUUUGUGCGUCAUCAGCUGUGGCUGCUGCUAAUCCUUGCCAGCUGCUGCAUACCCAUUGUGCUCUCCCAUCGCGACUAUGAGAUGUGCAAGUCCUUGGUCAACCUGAGCACCUAUGUGCUGCCCAACAUCUUGAGCUCCAUUUCCUUUGUGCUCUACUAUGCCCUGCUGCAGGGCAUCAGGCUGCGUCUGCAUCGCUUGGCCAGGGCAUUGCAAGUGGAACUCCAGCGUGGACCUUUGACCCGGCGUGCGGAGCUCCAGCAACUGCGCGGGCAACACACGCAACUGCUGCACUUCACCAAGAGAGUUAAUCAGACUUUUGGGGUUUCUGUGCUGUUGCUGUACGUGAGCUCUCUGAUUAAUUUCAAUACGAACUUGUUUCUCGUCUAUAAGGCCAUUGAGAAGCCUGGUAAGGCCGACUGGCCCUGGCUGGCGUACACGAUCUUGUGGCUUCUGAUGCACACGGGCAAAAUGUUCUUCAUACUUUACUUCAAUCACAACGUGCAGCAGCUGCAAACCCAUUGUGCGGCACUGUUGAGCAAAGUGAGCGCAGCUGGCGAGGAUUUGCUGGAGACCAUAAAUCACUUUGCGCUCCAGCUGCAGGGAAAUGUGCGCGCACACGUGGCCUGCGGCCUCUUCGAGUUGGACUAUAAGCUUAUUCCAGCGCUGCUGAUGACCACGGCCAAUUUGUUUAUAUUUCUGCUGCAAUAUGACAUAACAUUUCAAGCAUUGGCACGCGCAAUGAACAUAACGGCAUUUUAAAUGUUAUCGAUAGCUUUG